UAUUUUAUCAAAAACAUGAAUCAAACUCUUUCGUAACCCGGAAGUAGUUUCUAGCUAUUAAAGUUGACGAAAUCUGAAAAACUCACGUCCAAUUAAAAUAAUAUCACUGGAAAUAUAAUCUUAAUUAACAUGGCAGUUAGUCAUAAACGCAGGAAUUCUGAAAAACGGAAGGAGAAAUCACGGGAUGCGGCUAGAAGUCGUCGAGGGAAAGAGGCGGAGAUAUUUUCGGAGUUGGCAGGCCAGCUUCCGAUGCCACCAGCUACAAUCGAUGCCCUUGACAAGGCCUCCGUCAUGAGGCUUCUAUUGAGUACAUUAAAAGUUAAAACAAUCAUGGAGAAGAGGCCAAAAUUAGAGAGACCAGAUGAAAACUCUUUGGAUGCCCAAAUGGACGCCUUAUACCCAAAAGCCCUAGAUGGUUUCCUGCUUGUUCUCUCUAAAGAAGGAGAUUUUAUUUUUACUUCGGAAUCAGUGUCCAAAUUUCUAGGGCUGCAACAGAUCGAUCUGAUGGGGCAGAGUAUUUACGAGUUUGCGCACCCAUGUGACCAUGAAGAGAUUCAGGAUGUGCUGGCACCACAUGGCAAGGGGGAUGAACGUUCCGCUGCACGGACCAUAUUCAUUCGUCUGAAGUGUACACUGACAAGUAAAGGCAGAAGUGUGAAUCUGAAGUCUGCCGUAUACAAGGUAUUUUAAAAACUGACAGGGAAGUAAAUUAACCUGAUGAACACUGAGGUCACUGAGGAUAAUGAUACGGAUGUUGUGAAUGAAAUGGAAGAGGAGGAGGAGGACUAUGACAGUGAAUGAUUUUUUCUGAUAGGGGGGAGGCCAAUACAGCCAUACCAGCCAGGGCCACUCCCUCAUUUCCCUUGCCUAAUCGCGAGAGGCCAUCCCAUCAUCCAUUUCCACAUUGAAAAAGUGCCACUGGAUAAAAGAACGUUCAUCUCACGCCAUAGCAUGAACAUGAAGUUCACAGAUUGUGACGAAAGGAUAAAGCGUUUGAUUGGUUACCAGAACGAAGAGAUGGUCGGCCAAUCAUUUUACGCCUUCCCGCAUGCUAUUGACAGUAAAAUGAUGGAGAAGGCAUUUAAGGAUUUAUUUUCGAAGGGACAAACAGCUACUGGACAAUACAGAUUUUUAGCUAAAAAUGGGGGCUAUGUUUGGAUGGUUACCGAGGCAACAGUUAUUUUUAACAACCGCUCCCAGAAGCCAGAAUGUGUUGUUUGUGUCCAUUAUGUUCUCAGUCAUGUUGAGCAACAUGGUCGUGUUCUUUCAGACGUACAGAUGACGUCUUCUGCUACAGUCAAAGAAGAACAAGUAUCUCCUCCACCUUGCGAUGUUCUUAAAGCAACGACCACAUCGCCAAGAGUUAAUAAAACAUCUAGACCAAGACGCCGGGAUGUGAAACUGGAGGACAUCUUUCACGUACCAACUUUCAGUACUGAAUCAGUUUUUGGCGAAAAAACAGACGAUAUGGAACAAGAAUAUUAUUUCCCAAAAGGUGUAAAAAAAACUCUGGAUGGUUCUGACAGGCCUAAUCUCUCGCACCUGGCUCCACGUGACAGUGACGUAUGCAUACCACUUACCAUACCUUUAUUUGAAGAUGUGAAAAAAGUGGAAGACUUCAGUCAGAUAAGCCUGUAUGAUGAUGUUCCGAGGAAAAAAGACAGAUUUGUGUCAAGAUUUGAGGACCAAGUGGGAAAUCCUCGCCUUGUCAGCCCAGCUAGAUCCACACCUGAUGGAACAUUGAGCCCUGCAGAGAGCCCAGCCAAUUACUUAACAACAAUCAAUCCACAAGAUAUCAGCGCCAUGGAUGAACUCUUUACAACACUUGACCCCAGCAUGGAGAAUGGCCAGGAGAUAGACUUUACUCUGAGAGCACCAUUUAUCCCAAUGACUUCUGAUGAAGACUACAUAUUAAGUCAGCCUUCAACUGACAGCCUUCUCAAUAUGGGAGCUGACUUUAACCCAGGAAUCUUCGGCUGUACAGAGAGCGUUUUCCAUGAGAGAGAUGAACGAUAUGACGGACCAACUACAGAGAAGAAAUCAAAGACAGCUUAUGAUGUGAUUGGAGAUAAUUUAGUAAAGAAGAGUUUAGAGGGGCCACGUGAUCAAAUGAUGAUGAAGAUGAAGCGGAGAUUGGAUCGUAGUAACCUGGAGAAAGGUCCGCCUGUGAAAAUGACAAAGUAUCAGAUACCUGUCAGUAUUGGGAACAGCCUACAUGUAGGAGUUCCUCAAGAUAACAGUGUACUGAUGAACCUCCUGUUGAAAGGAGAGGAUGUUGCUCAUGGUUACAGUGUCCGUAAAAAGGAUAAUAUCAUAUCAAGGAAAAGGCCAGACACAACGGGGUUUCUUCAGAACCUUCUCACAUCAGUGUCUAGCCAUGAUGUGGAUGUGAAUGCUCCACCCAACAGUAGCCGCCUUCUUCAGGGCCAAGACAUCAUGAAUGCUCUAAACAUGAACAAAAAAUAAUAACUGUGACAGGAAGUGAUGGCAUUCAGACAGGAAGUGACAUCGUUUAGACAGGAAGUAGAGUAGAAGUGAUUUAUUUGUACAUAAGAAUGUUGUAUUGCUGUUGACGUUGACACUGUGAAACUUAAACAAAAGAAAAAAUGAAUAUGCCUUAUCUAAUGAGUCUCAUGUAAAGUUAGGAGAACUUUAAUUCAUCUAGGGAUAUUGCCAUGACAUGCGUAUUAUAUAGUGCAGGGAACUUCAUGCUAACAUCAGGGUCAUAUUGGUGCAAAAUUUCAUGAAAACUCAAAAUAGUUAAAGCUGUACACAAGAGCUACAAGAAUUUUUUGUUUAAGAAUACUUGAAUUAAAAAAAAAAGAAGAAAAUCUUGAUGUGAAAUGACAUUUUUAUUAUCUGUUGAAGAAAUCUUAUAAAGUAUAAAUAUUUAAUUUUUACACAGUGAUAUAUUUGUAUAUUAAUUUUUUUUUCUAUAUAGAAAGAGAUAUUUUUUUUCUUAAAAGUUUAGGUUAAAUGAAAGUUUUGCAUCAAAAUGUCCUCCCAAUAUAUCCUGCAAGUUGUUUAUUGUUCAUGAUAUUGUUAAAGUUGUUUUUUUUGUAAGUUAAGUAUUUUGAUGUAUGUUUUAAAACUAUGUGAUAACAUUUUUUGCAAUAGUCAGUAAAGUGUGUUUUAUUAUAUUUUUUUUUACAUAUUUUGCAAAUUCAUUUGAGAAAGUUCCAAGGUUUGGAAAAUAGCUUUAAUAAGCAUGUUCACUGUUAAUGUAUUCAUACUUUUUGAAUUUUGGUAAUCUAAAUGAAACACCUUUAAAGAUUAAAAACUUAAUGUCAUACGAUUGAAAAUAUUUUUGUAGAUACUUUUUGUUAUGAGAUUUUAUAUUUAAAACUUUCAUAUAGAAAAGAAGAGAAAAAAUAGAUGUUGAUGUGUUUUGAAGAAUUAAAACUUAAAAAAAAAAAUGUUGAUAAUCCGUUUGUUUACGGAAGAUACAAGGCAACUUGUCAUGAUUUUAUAUGUCUUACCAACAAAUUUACAAUUAGAAAUUUCGUCUGUGUCUACUGAGUGGACUUUAUUUUUAAGACUUACAUACAUAAAAGUUUAACUGUUAUUUGAAUCAUUAACAGUUAUUUUCUUUUAAGCAAUUACAAUAAAAAACUUCAUAGUCUAUUGAUUCAUUAAGCCUGUAAGACCAAUUGUUUGAUUUACUAGAUUUUAGCUAACUGAUUUUACUUUAUUGUUUUUUUUUAUAUGCUUUUAUCACCAGCCAAAGAAGGAAAGGGUUAUUUCUCUCACUUUAACUAGUAAUUUGCCAGCAUAAUGUACAUUCUUAGGGGUUUUCAUCUCAUUUUCAAAAACCCAUUUUAUCACAAUAUGCAUUAUGUUUUCUAAUUUACUUAGAAUAGUAACAACUUCAUAUAAUAUAGUUAAGAAUUAUAAGACAAUGUAUAUAAGUUUUCUGCAUUAACCUUUUGGUCUGCACUGUCUGCUAUUCAGUCAGUACAUAUUUUGAAAUUUUCGCUAAAAAUGAUAAAUGGUUUUGUCCAGAUUGAAAGAUGGGUGAUUCCAUUUGAGAUAAUAAGGAGGGUAAAUGUUAAUGAAUGUUUCUCAGAUGUUCUUUGACUGUUACAGUUCAGUAAAAAAUGUUACAAAUUCAGAAGUAAAGUGAUAAAUUGUAGAAAAACUACAACUGUACUAUGUUGAAAUUUUAUUUUACUGCAUUGUAACUUUAUUUUAUAAAUUUUCAAUAUUUGCUGUGUAUAAUUUUUUCUCAUUACAAGUAGUCUUACAUUAUAGACUCGUCUCAGCUUUAUACUCAAACAAAAAAUGUAUAAAUUAAAAAAAAAAAAAAAAAAAGAAGAAAAUUUUAAAAAAAAAAAAAAAAAAAAAAAAUUAAAAAAAAAAGAAAAAAAUUAUAUAAAAAAAAUUGUUAAAAAAAAGAGUAAAUUGACCAGAAAUUGCAUACAUGUGAAAAUAAAUUGUAUGGUAUUAAGGAGACAAUGUAAUAUUUCACAUAUUCAUUCUGUAAGCAUACACAUAUUUUAGCCACAUACAUGUAUAUCUUCACGCUGAGAUCAGAUGUAUGUAUAUAUAUAUGUCAUAUGUAUGCAAAAAAAAAAAUAUUUAGAUACAGGUAGAUUACAAGUUAGAUUUAUUGCACACAAGUUUUGUUGUACUGGAGAUCUUAUACUAUUGCACAUAUAUGUAGUGUGUAUUUUGUUUGCUCUUCAAUAUUUUGAUUUGUAUUUUCAAAUUUUUAUGUCAUUACUCCCUGCAAUAUUUUCAUGUAUCAUGAUUUUGUUGUGUUUGUUUUAUUUUUCAUUUGUACAAAUUUCAUAUCAACAUCAAGCCUAUGAGUGGACAAAGGAAGCAACUUUUUUUUUGUUUUAUUCUUUUUUCUUGUACAGCCUAUUGGAUAUGCUCUAAAAUAAUUUGAGGGAAUUAAUUAUUGUUUUCUGGAAUAAAUUUACAGGUAUUUGCUUAAGAGAUAGAGAUCUGCACUGAAUUGAACAGUGAAAGAAUGAAAUAAUAUGGAGCUUCAAUUAACUGUGUUAAAGUCAUUGUAGUUUCAUUUGCAAAAGCAUGUGGAACUGUUUUAUACUUACACUUUUGAUUUCUUGUAAGAAACCUAACUAGAUAGUUUAGGGAAAUAAUGGUGGUUCAGCUUGCUUGCCGGCUAAUGCCUGAAAUAAUGAAAGAAUUAGCACCUGAGAUCUUCCUCCAAAAUAACUGGAUGUGCCAUUUCACUUGUUGGUAAUAUUAAAUAUCCAACAAAUGUAAAUUUACUGUUUAUCCCUACCAUAAUUAAAAACAUACCUUUCCUACUUCAAAUUCAGAAAAGUUAAUUAGUGGUUUAUGGAAUAUCAAUCAAAGUAUAUGUAAUUUGUAUAUGUAAUUUAAAUGAGCAGUCACCAGUAUUAAAGCUUGACCUUUGACCUCACAAUUGUGGCAAAGGCAAGUCACUGUGGCUGUAAGCAUUGAUAUAAGAAAAAAUCAAAUCAAAAUGCACAAGGUAGAUCUGCAUUUAAAUGAUGUAGAUCUAACUCUGAUUCUAUUUUGAUUAAUUAUUUUCAAAUGUUUCUGUAUUGUAUUUGUAUUAUUUGCUAUUAAAUUAUUUUCAUCAAUUCUGUACUGGUAACCGUGGUUUCAAGACUAAAGAAACGUCUUGAAAAACAUUUCUUUUGUCAAGAUUUUUCUGUCAAGAUUGACAGAGAAGUCACUGGACUUGUAUAUUGUUUGAUACAAAUGUACACUGUCACAAAAUAAGUAUAGUUGAAGUUACAUUUAUUUGUAGAAAGACCUUACAUUUAAAAAGUUCCCAGAUCUUCAUUUUUUUUGGAACAAUCAUAGUAUUUAAAGGCAUUGCUUUUCUAGGAUACCAAGGACUUGAUAUUUUCUGUUUUUCAAUAUUAUUAUUAUUAAACUAUCUGAAUUAUGAUUUCUCAGAAAGUAGGAAACAUGUGGUUAUGUUUCUUAAUUGCAAGUAUAUUUUUUGCAGGUAAACUGUUUUAUUUUUGUUGCCAUAGAUACUUUGUGAACAUCCAUUUAUUAAAUUUAUAAAUUGAAGUAAAAUAAUUUUCAAUAGUUGUAUGUAUGUUUAAAAGUUGAAAAUUUAAAUUUAAACCUGAGGUAUAUAGAUAAAGACUGUAAGUCAGUCACAAGGAUUAGACUUGGUGUUUUUAAGGUAUUAAUUUUUUUUAACAAUAACAUACAUUGUUUUAUACAAAAUAAUUAUUGAUUAGUGUUUUCAAAGAGCAUGAAGUUGCUGGUUUGUUGUUGUCCUUCCAUUACACCGGACACUUAAGGAAUGGACGUGCUCUGCUUUGAAUUUGGAUCAGUCCACUUGAAGUUUAAGGGUAUUUCAAAAUCAAAAUUUGAUCUACUAACAGAGUAGAGUCUGGUCAGACAGGUAUGGCUCUAUACUGGAGGAAAAGGUUCAUCACUUUUCUGGUAAAGCGGGAUGAAAGCUAACAUUUCCCAUAGCCCUUCAAUUAUUGACAAAUUUAUUUAAUAUUUGGUGUGUUGAUAUCUUUCUUUGACCUCUCCCCUUGUAAUUUGGUGAUGAUCAAAGUUGGGUGAAGUUCAAGGUCACAUUUGAGUGAAGGUUAUUGUUGGAUGGAGGUUAAGGUCACAGUUUGGUGAAGGUCAAGGUCAUGGAGGGUAAAGAUAGAUUUUCUUUUUAUUCCUCAUAGUAAAACCAUGUCUUUAGCUUUGUGAAUAUAGCAUCAGGGAGGUUCUAUUUUUAUCACAAAUAUUCUUGUUCCUCAUAUACAUUUGAUAUUUUUCAAUAUACGCUAAACAUAUUUUACUUAAGGUUUAUAUGAGAUCUAAGUAAAAAUAAUUGAUAAUUGAGGAUAUGAAUUUGAUGCUUAAUACAUCUUUAAUAUGUUAGUAUUUGUUACAUUAAUAAUUUUGUAAACAUUCGCGAUGAUCUCUUUAUCUGUAUACAUAUACAGUCGGUUUAUUUGUUGUUUCAGGAAACAGAGAUUUCCAGGAAAGUCACGUACACAACAGUAAAAAACAUCUUGUUUUGUUAUUUAAUACUUUAUGAAGUACAUGUAUGUACAGUUGUACGAAUAAAUAUAUCAUUUAGAUUUUCAUGUAUGUACCUACUAUGAGUUAUAAGACAGGAUUGGUUCUGUUUGUUAAAUGAAAUGUUGUUGGAGGAAAUGAUGAUAAUUUGUACGGUCGUUCAAUAACGUACAUGUAAUCAUAUCUGUAAAUGAAAUUAGCAAGAUUGCCUCGCAGUUGGUCUUUUCUGAAAAUUUGGUCGAAGUCUUUGUUACAUGUAGAAUCAAAGAAUAUCAAAAUAUAAGUACUUUAAAAGUCAAUAGUUUAUCUGUAGAAAGAAACAAGAAAAAACAUAUUAAAGUAUCAUUGAUUGAAUAUUUUUUUAAAUCAUCGAGUAUUUAUAAAAUCAGGCUUAGUACUGGUCAGCAGUGAAUUCUGGUUUUAUUUGGAGUUUUGUUUCUUGUCUCCGACUCACAAAAAAAACUAAUAAUUGGAAGGAUUUUUUUCAGUUUUGUUUCAUUUUUUUUACAAAUGCAAUUUUAUAUUCAUUGAUAAGAAAAUUUUGAAAAAGCAGAAGUCCCCAAAAAAGUUGAAGAAAAAAAUAGGGGGCAUGAAACAGAACUAAAUCUCUUUUGGGCAUCUCUAUAUAUUUUUUUUGUGCUGAAAUUGAAGUGAGACUGUACUAAAUAUACAUGUAUUUUUUAUUGUUGAAUUUUCAGUGAUUGUAUCACCUGUACUAUGAAAAUAUGGUAUUGUGUCUUGGAAAAAAAAAGAAGUAAAAAAGAAAGAA